AUGUCUGAUAACGUUGCUCAUGCCCUUUCUGGUGCUGGUGGAGGUAUUGUCUCUAUGGCUUUGACCUAUCCCCUUGUAUCCAUCAGUUCUCGUCUUCAAGUACAAAAGAACGAUACUAGCAAAGAUGCUUACAAGAACACUUUGGACGCUUUUAUUAAAAUUCUUGCCAAAGAAGGUCCCAAGGGUCUAUACUCUGGCUUGAGCUCUGGUAUCUUUGGUAUUGCUGUCACCAAUGGUGUCUACUACUACUGCUACGAAGCUGUCAAAUCUAUUUUCGAAAAGGCUAAGGGCAAAGGUAAGCCUAUGAGCACAUCUGAAUCCAUGCUUGCUGGUGCUAUUGCUGGUUGUGCUGUGGUCAUGGCUACUCACCCUAUCUGGACUGUCAAUACCCGUUUAACUGUCAGGAAGGGUGUUGAAGGCGAUGAAAAGGCUCCCAAGGCUACUGCUCUCUCUGUUGGUUUUCAAAUUCUUCAAAAGGAAGGUAUUGCUGGUCUUUAUGCUGGUGUCAAGGCCGCUUUAGUCUUAGUUAUUAACCCCAUCAUUCAAUACACUGUCUUUGAACAAGCCAAGAAUAAGGUUGCAAAGCACAAGACUCUCGGUAACCUUGAUUUCUUCCUUUUAGGUGCUUUCUCUAAGCUCUGUGCUACUGCCAUUACUUACCCUUACAUCGUCAUCAAAUCUCGUAUGCAAGUAUCUCAACAAGGCGAAGAAAAGUACAGUUCCAUCUUAGACGGCUUCAAGAAGAUCAUUGCUACUGAAGGUGUUACCGGUCUUUACAAGGGUAUCUCUUCCAAGAUUGUUCAAUCUGUUCUUUCUGCCGCCUUCUUGUUCCUUGCCAAGGAAGUUUUGUUCGAUUGGUCUGUUUGGGUCCUUGUUCUCCUCGGUGCUCGUAAGGCUCGCGUUACUGCCAAGGUUUAA